AUUUUCUUCACCUUGUCGGAAAGGAAGUACUUCUAAAUACACGGGCUACGUGAAAGAAAGACUUUUGAGAAGUUCAAACUUCAAAACGUGCAAAAUAUGGAACCUAUAUUUUGUGUUACUUCAUAUAUAUUGUCACCCUCAAAAAGAUCAAAGCUGGAAUCACUAUUGAGUAUUGACCGUGAAUUGUUUAUGUUUCCCUCUCUCUUCCUGUCUGGUCUUUUCUAUUGCUUCAAUUAUAUUCUCGGGGUUUUGGAGAAGAAGGAAAAAGCCAACAAAUUGUAGCAAAAUAAUGUAUUUUGAUUGUGACCCUUCAGAGAUUUCUUACGUCUUCUUCAAUUUUGAGGUAAGUAGAUAACCAAUUCACAAAUAAAACAGAUCCAAGUUAAUUUAACAUAGUUUUUUUUUUUUUUUUUUAAGUUUCUUUCCCUGUUCUUUCUGCAGAUCCCUUAAUAGCUAAUGUGUGAUUGUUUAAUUGUGGAUCUUUAACCGGGAACAAAAUCCCGUUAAAUUGUAAGCCGCCAGAAUUCAUAUGGUUUUUUUUUUCCCCCCCAUUAUGCUUAGUGCAAAAGUGUAUACCAUAUAUUCUUUACCUUUAAAAUUAAAUGUUUGUAGGAAAUGAUGAAUGAUCCAACUCUCAUACACCAUUUGGAAAUGAAGCCUUCAGCUCAAGAUUAUCAACCCCAAAAUUACCAAUAUUUUCCCAGUACCAAUGAACUCAGUACCUCAUCAUCUGAACCUUAUGAGCAAAGAAAUGAUUUUGACAAUGUUAGUCCUCCAUCUACUUUGACUUUCGGAUCCACCGGCCGGAAUGUUGAAACCUUGUGCAAAAUGCCCUCUUCUUCCUGCACUCCACCGAUUUCUAUCCCCUUUAUUUCGUUUUCAAACUCUAGAUCGACAGAUGUUAAGACCGGCGCCGAAAAUAAGGUUGGGAUGAGCCAAAUGAUAAAUUUUGGAUGCGUGGAACCUACAUCUUCUGAAGGUUCUAUAGAAUACGGUCAACCUACUAAGAAAAGUGGUAGAUUUACUAGAACACCGACACAAGCAAAAUAUCAUAUGAUGGCUGAAAGGAAACGGCGGGAGAAGCUUGUGCAGCAGUUCAUUUCUUUGUCAGCUCUAGUUCCUGGCCUUCCAAAGAUGAACAAGAUAUCCAUCAUGGAUGGCGCUAUUGAUCACAUGAAACAACUCAAAAACCGACUCAAGACUCUUACAGAUUGGGAUAACCAUAGGAUGAAACAUGAUGAACAACAAGAUCUAUCUUGUUCAUCACAGACUGAGCAAAUCAUAAGAACCAGCAUCGAUCAUUCAUGGAAUGAUAUCCAACUAAAAGUUGAGAAGCCAAAUGUGUUGAUUAGGGUCACAUGCGAAGACAGAACCAUCUUACAUGAGGAAGAUUUUGUGAGGGAGAUGAACAACCUGAAUUUAAGUGUCACGAAUUCUAGAUUUAUGCCCUUUGGAGACAACAAGCUUGUUCUAUCCGCACUUGCUAAGAUGAAAGAAGGAUUUUGCAUGACCGACGAAGAAAUUGAGGACAGCAUCCGUCUAUCUAUCCUAAAGCUCAUCAUCACCUAAUGAACGUAAACGAACCAUAACAUUAUUACGAUGUUAAGAAGAUAGAAAAUAACACCCACUCCCCAAUAUAUUGGAAGUGUAUAGGGCAUGCAGAUUGCAUAUCUGAAUUUGCAAGUAAAUUUUCGUUAUCGCUAGUUCAUUAUCUUUACUUUGGAAAAUUAUACUCUUAGUGAAAUAAUAUAGUGAGAAAAAAAAAUAGUGACGGAUGUGUACCCCUAUUUUGUUGUCACUUUGCCGUUGAAAUUUUUUCUUUCCUUCUAAAAUUACCCUUUUACCCUUAAUUACUAUAAACACAUUAGUCACUAUAUAUUUCCACUAUUUUUUCUCACUGUAUCAUUGCUCCUUUACUUUUAUAUGAUGG